AGUCAGCUGGAGGAAAGCAGCCUUCAACCGUUUCUAAGAAUAACACUGUCUGGGAAACGACGUCUUCAGACAACUCCAAUUUCAUUCAAACAACCAUGAAAGGGUUUAGUCUCUUUUCCAUCUGGGUGGGUAUAGUGCUGCUGAGGAGCUCAUCCUCAGAUGCUGCUGACUCAAGUGCUGUUCCAGGCCUUUUGCAGCAUCUAACAGCAAAUCCUUGUUGCUACUACCCUUGUCAGAACAGAGGGGUGUGUGUGCGAUUUGGUACAGACGACUACAACUGUGACUGCACCCACACAGGCUUCUACGGAGAAAACUGCACCAUUCCGGAGUUCUGGACCCGAAUUUAUGUGAUGCUGAAGCCCAGUCCCACAGUGGUUCAUUUCCUUCUGACUAAUUUCCAGUGGUUCUGGAGCAUUGUCAACAACUCUUUCUUGCGAGACACUUUCAUGAGAAAAGUGCUGAUUGCCAGAAAUGAACUUAUUCCCAGCCCUCCAACCUACAACACGAAGUAUGGUUACAUCAGCUGGGAGUCGUACUACAACCUCUCUUACUACACCCGACUCCUCCCUCCUAUACCCGAAGACUGCCCUUUGCCAAUGGGAACCAAAGGUAAACCUGUUCUUCCUGAUGCCAAAGAGUUCAGUGAGAGAUACUUUAAAAGGAGGGAAUUCAGGCCGGAUCCUCAGGGAACCAAUCUGAUGUUUGCCUUCAUGGCUCAACACUUCACCCACCAGUUUUUCAAGACAAGUCACAAAGUUAACCCAGGCUUCACCCAGGGUUUAGGACAUGGGGUAGAUGCAAGCAACAUAUAUGGAGAAGACCUUGAAAGACAGCAUCAGCUUCGUCUUCAUAAAGAUGGAAAGUUAAAAUAUCAGCUGAUAAAUGGGGAGAUGUACCCUCCAACAAUCUCUGAGGUCCCAGUGCACAUGGUGUACCCUGAAGGUUUCCCUGCUGAGCAGCGUCUUGCCAUCGGUCAGGAGGUGUUUGGGCUUGUGCCGGGCCUCACCAUGUAUGCCACCAUCUGGCUGAGGGAGCACAACAGAGUGUGUGACAUCCUGAAGGGUGAGCAUCCGACCUGGAAUGAUGAGCAGCUGUUCCAAACCACCAGACUCAUCAUUAUUGGUGAGAUCAUCAACAUUAUAAUAGAGGAGUACGUGCAGCACCUGAGCGGCUACUACCUGAAGCUAAAGUAUGACCCCUCCCUGCUCUUCGGUGUGCGCUUCCAGUACACUAAUCGCAUUGCCCUGGAGUUCUCCCAUCUCUACCACUGGCACCCACUGAUGCCGGACAGCUUCCUCAUUGAUGGAGAUGAAAUCCCAUAUUCCAGGUUUUUGUACAACACCUCCAUCCUGAUGCAUUACGGCGUGGAGAAGCUGGUGGAUGCUUUCUCACGACAGCCUGCAGGGCAGAUAGGCGGCGGUCACAACAUUCACCAAGCGGUGCUCAAAGUGGCAGAAAAGGUCAUCAGAGAUUCCAGAGCUGCGCGCCUGCAGCCUUUCAAUCAAUACAGAAGAACGUUUAACCUGAAGCCCUACUCAUCCUUUUAUGAAUUAACCGGUGAUGAAGAAAUGGCUCAAGGUUUAGAGGAACUCUAUGGAGACAUAGAGGCCCUGGAGUUUUAUCCCGGCCUCCUGCUGGAGAAAACACGGCCCAAAUCCAUAUUUGGAGAGAGCAUGGUGGAGAUGGGUGCCCCAUUCUCACUGAAAGGCCUGUUUGGAAAUCCCAUUAACUCCCCCGAGUAUUGGAAGCCCAGCACCUUCGGAGGUGAGACAGGCUUCAACAUCAUCAAAACGUCCACUCUGAAGAAACUGGUCUGUCUGAACACCAAGUGGUGUCCGUACGUUGAUUUCCAUGUCCCACGAAACAAGGAGGAGGCGAAACAGAGGAACCCAUCUACUGAACUUUGAUCAACAACCAUCUGCUGGAAAAAAAAGUUUAUUUUCAAUUUAAAGGCAUAUUCUACUUGACUGAGAUGUACCUGAAUGUGUUCAGCUGAAAAAAAAUGGCUAUUGUGAUUAUGUUAUGCUUCUAUAGUUUUAGACACAAUAAAUUGAAAACAACGGA